AUAUACUGCAGGUAACCGUUAAAUGUGAAUAGAACAGUCCCCGUCUGCAUCGGCGAUACGCAGGAUGGAUACAGACACAUACAUCAGCACAGUUUCGAACUUUAUCGUUGGCGGUUACAUCACAUCGGCCAUAAUCAUAGGGAAUGAGCUUGGCCUGUUUGAUGAGUUGAGGAAACUUAAAAAUCCGGUCACCUCAACGGAGCUGGCCAAGGAAUGUAAACUGAAGGAAAGGUAUGUCCGAGAGUGGCUUGGCUGUAUGGUCUCAACCAAGAUCGUGUCACUGGAUGCUCAGGACCGUUACUUUAUCCCCGAAUUACUCAAGCCAGCACUUAAGAAAGCGUUGGAAUUUGCAUUUUUCUCCCCGGUUGUGGGUGUUUUGACGGAUAAAGUGAUUGAAUGCUACAAAGAGGAUGGACCUCAAGGUUUCGGCUAUGAAGGGCUGCCAACAAAAGUAAUCGAAGCCGUUGAAAACAAAACAUCUGACCCUGAUACGGCAGUUGAUGAGCUUAUUAAACAUCUGCCAAAGACUUUAGAGCCGAAUGCCGUCAUACUUGAUUUAGGAUGUGGCGGGGGAAUUAUAACCAGGGCGCUUCAAAGACGUCUUCCAAAGGCAGUUAUCACUGCGACAGACUACAACCAAGAUGCAAUAACCAAAGCUGAAAAACAAUCCAAGAUCGCUGGGGUGAAGUAUGUAAAAGAAGACGCCACUAAGCUGCCCGCCGACUGGAAACAUAAGUUUGACUGGGUGAUCCUCUAUGACGUUCUUCACGAUCUGCCUGAACCUGAUAAAGUUAUGAAAGAGAUUCGUCGCGUCCUGAAAGACGACGGAUUCGCGUCCAUCGUUGACCCAGAUUUACACAGUUCCCACGCAAGUAACAUCGGGGAUGUAGGCAUAGCCGGAGUAGGGUACGCCGUCAGUGCACUGAUUUGUCUCCCUUGCAGUUUAUCGGUAGAGGGAGCAGCUGGUCACGGUAUGGGCUGGGGAACCGAAAACAAAGAAGAGUUUCUGAUAAAGUCUGGCUGGAAAGUGGUGAAGAAGAGUAAAAUCCAAAAGAGUAAAUUUGCCUUGAACUUCACCUGUGUCAAGGUAUAAGCAGGGAACAAGCACAUGUUUAAAACCCUUCUUGUUCAGUUCAUUCCUGAAACGAAGAGUCGCCUCUUGCUCCACCACCAAAGGUUAAGACAUUUUUGAUGGACAUGUGUGUUGUUAGGGUCCAGAGUACACACCUCUAUGAAGAUAAUGCCAUAUGAAAAAGGAAACAUAAUUUUUCUUUCAUAUAGCACGGCACUUACAUCUCACGAGACAUUUGUCAGGCAUGUGGUGUUGGAACCGCCUUGGGCUACUUGGGUUUUCAGGAUCAAAUGCGACGUAGCUGAAAUACGUUAUUGAUAAACAGGACUUAUUCAAUCGAAAUGUAUACAAAUAUUAUACAAAUUAAACUUUGAUUGUAACUCUUUAACCGUUUCUAUAAUUCAAUCAGAAGGACUAAAUUGGAAGUAAUAUUAGCUGUAUGUCUAGUGGAAUGACCUCAUUUUAUUCGCGGUACCAGUUAACUCUCUGAUCUACAUACCUGUUACAAUUAAAGAAUAUAUUGUAAGCACUUUCAAUAUAAUUUCCACAUUGACAAAGUUGGAAAUAAAAUCAAAUUAGUAUGAAAUAAGUUGUCAUUUGGGGUACUUGAUCUGCUUCUUAUUCUGGUAUGCAACAUCUAAGUGGUCCUCUCAGCAAUCAAAUACUAACACGGAAGAUUUACGUCAUUAAACUUAUGAAAACUGUCUUUAAAUACUGAGACUGACAUGCUGUCUUAUGUUAGGUUAUAAGUUAUUCCAAAGUAGCAUAGUAAAAGGGAAAAAGAAGUGUUCUUAAGAUGAAAUCGUAAUCCAGGUAAACAGUAAUUGUAAGCAUUUCGGAUGUAAUAUCGUAAGUUUUUGAGAAACUAAAGGAGGAAGUAAAGCUGUAAGAUAGUUCGGCGUUAGAUUAGAGUAAAUUUUGUAGAAAAGUUGUAAUUUUCUCCUUUUCCUUCUAUUUGCUAGUAGUUCUAGUCCACUCUCAGAAUACAAUGAUGCAUUACUUGUAUGAAAGGAUAGUAAUUACACGAAUAGUCUCUAGCUAGAGUUCUUCACAGCAAUAAAGGAAGAAUGUACGAUAUGUACAUUUUGUCUAGUGUUCGCCCGUCUAACCACACAAACUUCAGUAUUCGUAAAACACCUUCUUUAACACGAUUUUACAAAUAUUUUCAAUAUGGCAAUUCCAUUUAUAAUUUUCACAUUCUCCCAGGUACUUAUGAUUCUCUACAAAGUCAACAUUUACAUUAUUAAACUUAAUUUCAAUAACAUUGUACAUAGUCAAGCUGAAAGUUGGAAAAAAGUAAUAUGCAUUUGUCUUAGCCGGAUUAAAGUAUACUAACUACUUAUCUUCCCAUUGUUUGAUUUUACGUAGAUCAAUGUUUAUCCAAGUUCAGUAAAGAGGUGUCGUCUGCAAAUAAUUUACAUCGACUUUCAAUGUCAUCAGCUGUCAUUUACAUAAAUUAAAGAGGGCCUAAUACAGAGCCUUGAGGAAGUCGGAAACUCAUGCGUUAGUAGAUUUAACUGAAGAUUGAGUAUUUGCAACGAAGACUUGCUGCUGUUUUUAACCUACAUAAUUAUCUAACCAAUUUAACAAUUUUCCCGAAAUACCGUAGUUUGCCAGUUUCACUUUCGGCCCUUGUGACACACACGAUCGAACACUUUUGAUAUAUCACAGAAAAAUAAGUAACACUGGAAGGACAUUUCUCAAAAUUAAUGUGUAAGCUCCUCUUGGUCGCUAGUUGUAUUCAUUCAAUUUUGUAUGAGAAAACAAACUGGCCAACAAGCAGGCAUCUUGGAUUUCGAGCAGCGUCCCAGAGAUUCGUUUCUGGAACACAGUAGUCAUGUAGGGCAGAAUUCAUUUGGAUUACUUAUGUAUACAUAUACAUAUAAGAACUAAAACAGAAAAAAGAAACAAAAACAAAAAGGUCACUUUUGUCACAAGAUUGAUUCUUCACUAAAUCCUUCUCGCACCAUAUGAGCGACACAGAGGAAAGUGUCAUGAUAUAAACUCAUCAUUUAAUAAUAUACAAAGUUCGAGGAAAUCAAUAGCUUUGUUGAUGACAAACAGUUAAACGGCAUAUAGUAAAUACUUUCCAACAUCCCCGACCUGUAGAAAGCAAACCUCCAAAUCAGUGACAUUCAUGGCCAUCUCGUGGCGUAUUUUCCUUUUCACCUUCUUAGUUAGACAAUUGCAACGUAACACUUAACCUUUACCACUACGAAGAAGUCAAUGUUGCUGGUUUUUAAUUUACUGAAUAAAGUACUAACAUUAACAUUUUGUAGUAUUUUUUAUAGUAAACGGUAAAGUCUAUAUCUUUAUACCAGCUUAUAUGUUAACCUGAAGGUUGUAAGGUAUAUUAAUUUUGAGUAUAUUUACAUCUAGUUAACUCGGGUGUCUAUAAUACCAAUAAAAAUAAUGAAACUA